GCAAAACCGAACGUCAACGAAGGCGACGAAAUAGCCACGUGCCAAAAUCGAUUGGCCCAUGAACAGCCCGACGCAAGCCUUCGUUUCGUCCAUACGCCACGAGCGCUGGCGCUCCAAGCUCCGCAAAUGGUACCAAUUUGUGGUCACGAUCGCGGGCUUGUGUGUCAUUCUCUUGAUCGCGGGCGACGCAACAGCCAACAACUGGGCGAUCAGCAACUUUCUUGGCGGCGGGUACUUUUUUCUGACGCCAAUCGCGUCAGUGCAGUCGCUCGCGCAGCUCAGCACCAAGUACAGCUUUGCCAAGAACCUCGGCGUCGACAACUUGUCCAACUUGGGCCAGUGGAUGUCCAACUUUUCGGUUGUCAACAUGGUCACAAAAAGCAACAAGAUCUACGUCAUCCAGACCGGCGACAUUGCGCUCACGCCCAAUUCGGUCUUGUGCCCGAUCUUCAAGUCGACGUACGCUGUGGAUGUCGCCGUCUCGAGCAAGGUCAAGCUCGCGCUCAUGUCGGAUGCCGUCACGUUCUUUCGGGGCAACGCCGUGACCCACUUUUUCUCGGACGAUGCAACGGCGAACCUCGGCAAUGCCAACCUCACUGCCGACGAGCUUCUCGCUCGCAACUACAUUCCGGGACGAACGACCGUCGAUAAACGCUUCACGACUGAGAUUGCACUUGUCAACUCGAGUUUGCCCCAAACACAUCGUGUCAACUACUACCGCAUCUUUAGCCGAUCGUUCUGCUCGGGCUGCGACCCUGUCGCCGAGCUCGGGUACUCGGUCUGCAACAUGACUAUGGUGUACAAUGACACGGCCAAGACACUCACGGUCACCGACUCGCGCUUUUUGCCCGGAUCGAUGUUCAAGCUCGGGUUCGUCAUGCCCAACAGCGCAUUUGGUCAAGUCGCGCUGGCCGCCAAGAUCACGGCCAUCGUGUUUGCCGUCUUUGGGUACCUUGCGAGCCGCCGCACAGUUCAGUGGCACGACGUGGACCCGACCAAAGCCGAGUCGGUCGUGACGCGCGCGAUGCGCAGCGUGCUCCCCAAGGUCUUCCGGCACCAGAGCCACGCGCUGCGCUUUGAUAUGUUUUGCUACAACUCGGACCUCUUUGUGUUUUUGUAUGCGGCGAGCGUCCUCAUCGACAUCCCCAACUGCCUAUUGUACAUGCGCAACGUCAACUUGUACACAAUGUACGCACCGCAGUUCCUCUACUCGCUGCAGCUCUUUUCGCUGUCGACGCGGCUUCUCUGGGUCAACUGCGCGAUUUUGAAAGGGUGCAAGAUCCUCUGGAACCUCCUUGGCGUCGCAACCUUCAAUGGCGAGAGUGCCGUCAUGCGCUUCUUCAACUGGAGCAGCGUCAAAACGCUCUACUUCUCUGCGAUCCUGCUCUUUUACGUGCCGCCGUUCAUCGAGUACAAUAACUCGGUGACCAUCGACGUACGCAACUCUGCCCAGCGCAUCGACGGUAUCUGCAUCAACGUCUUUGACGGCUUCUACAUGCGCGUCGCGUCGUCGAUCACCACUGGCUUGAUCGCCAACGUCUUGAUCAUGACAGCGCUCGACCAUCUGAUUUUUUUCAAAUUUUGGCGCAUCAUGACCCGAAACUCCCUCGCGCGCCAAGCCAUCUUCAACAGCACUUCGAUUCUUUGCGACUACCUCGACGAUGUGAUGCCGGAUGAGGCCGCGACCGGGGCCGUGAUUAUCGUGACGGCGCGUCGGCUUAGCACCCUGCAUUGGUUCUUUACGAGCCACUUGGUGUGCUUUGGCUUGCCCGAGAAGGGGCUGCGGGCCAACAAGAGCAAAGCCAUCACCGUCAAGACACCGCAGACGUCGCCCCACAAGCCGCUAUCGUCGGCAUCGGCUGUCGUGCCCGAGGCGAGUGCCGCUGCAAGCAGCGACGCGGGCUGCCUUGUCGUGCAAGACGGCGACUGCAACCUGUAUCUCCUUGACCACAAGUACACGGCCAUCACGAGCCUCGCGUUCAACAUCAAGAUUCUCAAAAACACCACCAUCACCGUCCAGUAGCGCCCGAGUCUCGCUAAAUUGCUCAAGUUCUAGUAGUGAAUAUCUAUAAUACAUAGUUGCUUUGACAAA